UCCCCAGACAGAUCAGUCAACCUAAAGACACAUUUCAUUUUAAACAGGUAAAUACUAUCAAAUCAAACCUUGCAACAUACAGUACUGGACAUCUUAACAAAAAACACAAAAUAGAACAACGAAACAGAACAUCAAAAACAGAACAACAAACGAUCGUGUUAAAACUCAACCCUGAGCUCGGUGCUCUGGAAACAGACCUCUGCAUUGACUACCUUUGCUCUCCUUUAGCCCAUCACUUUGCCAUCCUCUGGGCGUCGGUGGGCAACACGGUGCCCGCCUGCUUCUGGGUGCUCUACUUCCUGCUGAGGGACUCCGAGGCGCUGGAGGCCGUCCGGCAGGAGGUCCUGGAGGUCCUGAGGCUGUCGGGGGGGAAGUUCAGCCCAGAGGAGGACCUGACGCUGAGCAGAGAGCAGCUGGACAGCAUGGUGCUCCUGGAGAGCUCCAUCAGCGAGGGUCUGCGUCUGUCCUCAGUCUCCACCAACAUCCGGGUGUCUCAGGAGGACUUCAGUCUGCGUCUGAAUGAAGAGCGCUCUGCGUCCGUGAGGAAGGGAGACAUGAUCGCCCUCUACCCCCAGAGCAUGCACAUGGACCCCGACAUCUACCAGGACCCCCAGUCGUUCCGCUACGACCGCUUCGUCCAGGACGGCCGUGUGAAGACGGACUUCUAUAAGAGCGGGCAGAAGCUGAAGUUCUUCCUGAUGCCCUUCGGCUCCGGCGCCUCCAUGUGUCCCGGACGAUACUUCGCCGUCAACGAGAUCAAGCAGUUCCUGAGUCUGGUGCUGCUGUACCUGGACCUGGACCUGCAGCCGGGUCAGAACCGGGUCUCUCUGGACUACAGCCGGGCCGGGCUGGGCAUCCUGCUGCCGGACGCAGACGUACGCUUCCACUACCGGCUGAGAGCCGCCAGCCAGAGCCCGGCCGAGUAGCUUCCACCUUCAUAACCUCUCGCCUUAAAGGUCUCCUAUCGUGCUGUUUUGAGGCAUAUAUUGUGGGUCUCAGAUAUAUACAAAUACUUUAAAAAAACAUGUCUAUGAAGUGUGCUCAAAAUACCAAACAGAUCACCCAUUCUAGCCACGCUUCAAACCCCUCUAUUUCUAGUUAGCGCUACUUGCUAAUGUAAACACAGACCAUAUUACUUCCAAAACACGUCGACCCCCGGGUACCCCCGUUUCUCAAACCCAGUUUGGAUUGAACCACGUCCACUUCACAUUACAGGUCUCCUAUCAUGCUGUUUGUAGGCAUAUAUUGUGCGUUUCAGAUAUAAAAACAUGUCUCUGAAGUGGUCUGCUCCAAACCCCAAACCCACAGGAAGGAGUCCCUGACCAUCCUGUCAGCUCCAUCCACAGGAAGGAGUCCCUGACCCUCCUGUCAGCUCCAUCCACAGGAAGGAGUCCCUGACCCUCCUGUCAGCUCCACCCACAGGAAGGAGUCCCAGACCCUCCUGUCAGCUCCAUCCACAGGAAGGAGUCCCUGACCCUCCUGUCAGCUCCACCCACAGGAAGGAGUCCCAGACCCUCCUGUCAGCUCCAUCCACAGGAAGGAGUCCCUGACCCUCCUGUCAGCUCCACCCACAGGAAGGAGUCCCAGACCCUCCUGUCAGCUCCAUCCACAGGAAGGAGUCCCUGACCCUCCUGUCAGCUCCACCCACAGGAAGGAGUCCCAGACCCUCCUGUCAGCUCCAUCCACAGGAAGGAGUCCCUGACCCUCCUGUCAGCUCCACCCCACAGGAAGGAGUCCCUGACCCUCCUGUCAGCUACACCCACAGGAAGGAGUCCCUGACCCUCCUGUCAGCUCCAUCCACAGGAAGGAGUCCCUGACCAUCCUGUCAGCUCCAUCCACAGGAAGGAGUCCCUGACCCUCCUGUCAGCUCCAUCCACAGGAAGGAGUCCCUGACCAUCCUGUCAGCUCCAUCCACAGGAAGGAGUCCCUGACCCUCCUGUCAGCUCCAUCCACAGGAAGGAGUCCCUGACCAUCCUGUCAGCUCCAUCCACAGGAAGGAGUCCCUGACCCUCCUGUCAGCUCCAUCCACAGGAAGGAGUCCCUGACCCUCCUGUCAGCUCCAUCCACAGGAAGGAGUCCCUGACCAUCCUGUCAGCUCCAUCCACAGGAAGGAGUCCCUGACCCUCCUGUCAGCUCCACCCACAGGAAGGAGUCCCAGACCCUCCUGUCAGCUCCAUCCACAGGAAGGAGUCCCUGAUCCUCCUGUCAGCUCCAUCCACAGGAAGGAGUCCCUGACCCUCCUGUCAGCUCCAUCCACAGGAAGGAGUCCCUGACCAUCCUGUCAGCUCCAUCCACAGGAAGGAGUCCCUGACCCUCCUGUCAGCUCCACCCACAGGAAGGAGUCCCAGACCCUCCUGUCAGCUCCAUCCACAGGAAGGAGUCCCUGACCCUCCUGUCAGCUCCACCCACAGGAAGGAGUCCCUGACCCUCCUGUCAGCUCCAUCCACAGGAAGGAGUCCCAGUCAGUAUCAAACCUUUAUUUAAUCAGAUUGGUCCCAUUGAGAUCAUAGAUCUCUUUUUCAAGGGAGACCUGCAGCAUAUAGGUUCCACAUGAAACAUGAAACAAUAAAGGACAUCAUACACUAUAUUUACAGGAUACAUUUACAUAGUUAUAGACAUUUACAAGUGCCCAUAGUAUCAACGAGCAUUUCAUUUAGCCUAGCUUUAAAAACAUGCAGAGGAAUGAGAUUGCUCAGUUUCAAUUC